AUGAAAACAGGCAAAGGUGAGGGAGAUGCACUUUUGGGAGUGAUCAGCUACCCCCUGAAAGCCACCGAGGACGUCUGGUUCGGAUGCUGUUCCUGCACCUAUGUCACCAGAGAUCAUCGUGGGAUUGUGAGUCACCUGGUUGUCCAUGCCGAUGAACAAUUCAAGUUCGAGCAUCUUUCCAUGUUGUCUGGCUCUAGGUUCAAAGUGCCAAGCAACACUCAAAAGCAUAAGAGUGAUAAGUUGUUCAAGUGCAAGCUGUUUCCCCUAGCCUUUGCUCAGAAUUCCACUCUGAGCAGCCAUAAUCUAACACAUGCUGGUGAAAAGCCUUAUAAGUGCAAACUGUGCCCUAAAGCUUUUGCUGAGAAUCACCUACUGACCAGACAUAGUCUAGUACACACAGGUGAAAAGACAUUUAAGUGCAAGCUUUGCCCCCAAGCCUUUGCUUUCAAUUCUAAUCUCAGGAGGCAUAAUAUAACACACACUGGUGAAAAGCCAUUUAAGUGCAAGUUUUGCCCCCAAGCCUUUGCUUGCAAUUCUAAUCUCAGGAGGCAUAAUAUAAUACACACUAGUGAAAAGCCAUUUAAGUGCAAAUUUUGCCCCCAAGCCUUUGCUUGCAAUUCUAAUCUCAGGAGGCAUAUGGCGAAAAACCUUAGUUACAAGCUGUGCUUCAAGCCUUUGCUUGCCAUUUCAAUCUGCUCCGCCACAGUAAAAUGCACACAGGACAAAAACCAUACAAGUGCAAGCUAUGCCCUCAAGCCUACCUGGGUAAAUUAA